ACUCAAUUCUGCUAUGUGUUAUGUAUCAUGUCGUGAUAAGUUUUGUCUAUGCAAAUAGGUAGCUUCUGGCCUUUUCCCAUCUCUUGUUAUAAAUUCAAACUUGGGCAUUUUCAACCCUAGAAAAAAGCCCUGCGACUUGGACAACAGAUCUACAACAUUCCGAACCGUUCAUGACCCUCGAAACUUCGGCGGCAACGCCCGCUUAUCGUACAACGAGAAUUUGCCUGUCGGCCCCAAUACAAAAUCCGCCAACGCCGUCCAAGACCAUGUGCCCAUAGUACUCCAGUAA